AUGUUGAGGUCAGAAUUCACCCAGCUACUGGAAAAUUUGCAGGCCGACCUGGCCGAAAUGGGUCGUUUGGUCGAUCAAACCACCCGACAGGCUCUGCAGGCUCUGCAAAACCGGGAUGCCGACCUUGCCCGGCAGGUCAUCGAUAACGAUGACGUGAUAGACAACCUGCAGAACACGUUGGAGGAAGAGUGCGUCAGCCUGCUGGCGACGCAGCAGCCAAUCGCCACCGAUCUGCGCACGGUAAUGUCGGUUGUGCACCUGGGGGUUGAGCUGGAGCGGAUGGGCGACUACGCCGAGGGCAUCGCAAAAAUCUGCCUCCGCACCUAUGAAGAACCACUAUUAAAACCGUUGAUCGACAUCCCGCGGAUGGCAGACCUGGCCCUGAAAGAUGCUUAA